AUGGCAGACAAAAGCCACUCAGGGCUUUCCAUAUCAGCCUUUCUCAAGCACCCAUUCUUACAGACAUGGACUGUCUUCUACAUGCUACUUCAGCACUUGAUUACUUGGGUCUUCGCUCCUAACCCUCCCAAGCCGUCGUCUGUUGCAGAUGGCGUCCCGAAGAAGAGGAUCGCGGUGAUUGGCGCUGGUCUUACCGGAGUUUCAGCGGCAGCGCACUGUGUCGGUCAUGGAUUCGAUGUGGAGAUCUUUGAAGCGAGAUCAAAGGACAAAGGUCUUGGAGGCAUUUGGAGUCGGGUCAACUCGACAUCCUCUUUGCAAAUCCACAGCAUCAUGUACCGGUUUCACCCUUCCGUUAAAUACGAUGCCGCCUACCCAACUCAGGCGGAGAUCAAAGAACAAAUCACAAGCCUAUGGAAGCGCUACGACCUUCAGAAGCACACUACCUUCAACACGCCUGUCAACUCGGUCAAGCAGACCAAGAACGGCAGAUGGAUCAUUAACAACGACGAAUCCAAGUAUGGGCGCUUUGACGGUAUCAUUGCUUCUGUCGGAGUGUGCGGUGAUCCGAAGAUGCCCCCUCUUCCCGACCAGGACAAGUUUAAGGGCCAAGUCUACCACUCAUCCGAGCUCGACGGCAAGUCAGUCGAAGGCAAGAAGGUCCUCAUCAUUGGCGGGGGAGCCAGUGCCAUCGAAGCGCUGGAGUUCGCCGUCAAGAACCAUGCCGCCGAAAUAGAUGUGCUCUCCCGCUCCGACAAGUGGAUUAUCCCUCGCAAUGUGUUCGUCCAGUCCCUGCUGGCAAUGAACAUCCUCGGCCAGGAGACCUCCCUUUCCUGGAUUCCCGAAUCGCUGCUCCGCAAGUUCUUCUACCGUGACCUCUCCGACAUCGCUCCCUCUGGCGGUCUGUUCACUGGAACCCCGAUGGCCAACUCGGAACUCUUCGAGCAGAUCCGCCAGGGCAAGGCCCGCUGGCUGCGCGGCGACAUCGUCUCCGCCGAGGCCGACGGCAUCCGGUUCAACUUCCGCAGCCGCGGGGUCCCUAAGGGCGGUCCGGGCCACGAAGCUCUGGUACCGGGAGAUGUUGUCAUUAUGGCCACCGGCUUCAAGCGUCCUUCGCUGUCGUUUUUGCCUGACGAUGCCUUUGAGGAGCCGUACUCGCCGCCCAGUUGGUACCUGCAGACCUUCCCGCCCAAGUAUCCCAGCAUUUGCGCCAACAACAGCACCUACGUCAACGCCAUCGGCACCGUGGGCAACAUGCACAUUGGCAUCUACACUCGGUUCCUGCUCAUGUUCCUGACGGACCCGCUGUCGCGGCCGAGCGAGGGACGCAUGAAGACCUGGAUUGACUUCACGCGGCUGAUGAAGAAGCUGUCUCCUGUUGGUGCAUUUGAUUUCUUCACUUAUACCGAGUUGCUGUAUUGGUUUGUGUUCUGUAUUUUGGUCAACCCCUUCCGGUGGAAGUGGGCGCCUUUUGUCCUGUUUGGCAUUGGAUGGACGCUCCCCUUGGAGGUGGUGAAGCAGGAGAAUGCGUUUAGAAAGGAGCUUAAACGACAACAUCAACAUUAG